AUGGACCUCUACGGCGAAAACUACGUUCUGACAGUGGACAUCGGCACAACGACCAUCCGUUCAGUACUGUAUGACUCGAAUUGCGAAGAACGAGGCAGUUAUCAAGAAAAGGUCAACACUAUCUACUCUACGGGAAACGAUGAUGAAGUUCUGGUCGAAAUUGAGCCGGAGCAAUUGUUUCAACAAUUUCUGCGGGUUAUCGAAAGAGUUUAUAAAACCCUCCCACCCAAUGCACAUGUCAAUGUUGGUCUUUGCACUCAACGAAACUCGAUUGUCCUUUGGAACAAAAAGACAAGAAAGGAAGAGACACGGAUUAUCUGCUGGAACGACAAAAGAGCCAACAAAACAUGUCACCAACUCAAUAACUCUUUCAUUCUGAAAGGAUUGAACAUUGCUGGAGGAGUACUUCACUUCCUCACCAGGAAAAACCGUUUCCUUGCUGCUCAACGACUCAAAUUUCUCGGAGGAAUGGUUUCUCAUAGACUCAUCGUCACUAUCAACAGAUCUGAGAAGUUGAAAAGAAUGAAAGCUGAAGGAGACCUUUGUUUUGGAUCACUCGAGACAUGGUUGCUGAUGAGAUCGUCAAAAAGCAAUACGCUUUGUGUGGAGGCUUCGAAUAUCUCUCCAUCCGGAAUGUUUGACCCGUGGAUUGGCGCCUACAAUCAUAUGAUCAUGAAGAUCAUCGGAUUCCCAACUGAUAUGCUCUCUCCAAUCGUCGACUCAAAUCUCAGUGACAUGGCCAAAAAGCCGAUCAUCGACCGUUCACAUAUUGGAAGUGAAAUGACAAUAUCAUCAAUUAUUGCCGACCAACAAGCUGCAAUGUUCGGAUGCGGAACGUGGGAGAAAGGAGAUGUGAAAAUCACAUUAGGAACUGGAACAUUCGUGAACGUUCACACUGGAACGACUCCAUAUGCAUCCAUGUCUGGAUUAUAUCCACUUGUCGGAUGGAGAAUUAACGGAGAAACUGAUUUCAUUGCCGAGGGAAAUGCCCAUGACACAGCUGUAAUUUUACAUUGGGCACAAUCGAUUGGUCUAUUCAAUGAUGUAACAGAAACAUCCGAUAUUGCUAUGUCUGUUGAGCAUUCAAAUGGAGUGGUCUUUGUUCCAGCAUUCUGUGGGAUUCAGACACCUAUUAAUGACGAAACGGCUUGUUCCGGAUUCCUCGGCAUCCGACCAGACGCUACUAAAAAGCACAUGAUCCGAGCUGUUCUGGAAUCGAUCGCUUUCCGAGUUUAUCAAAUUUACUCAGCUGCUGAGUCAGAAGUCUACGUAAACAAAAACUCUCCAGUCAGAAUUUGCGGAGGAGUGUCUAACAACAACUUCAUUUGCCAAUGCAUUGCUAACCUUCUCGGACGUCCAGUCGAAAGAAUGACCAAAUCAGAUCAUGUUGCUGCACGUGGAGUUGCAAUGCUUGCUGGUUACUCACAAGGACUGUGGAACAAGGAACAAAUGAAACAACUUGUUACCAUUGAUGACGUCUUCACCCCCAACUUGGAAUCCAGGAAAGGUCUUCUCAGAAGUUUCGAGAUUUGGAAGAAAGCAGUUGACCGUUGUCUUGGAUUCUAUCAAUAA